UAAACAACAAGAGAGAAGGGAGGAACAUGCCAUCCCAACCCCCAGGCAGGACAGUGUGAUUAUACAACUAUUAAUACAUGCAAGAUAGAUUACUGCGUUACAAGAGGCAAUAAGACAGCUCGCCUUUGAUCAAACGUGUCUGCAAAUGACUGUGAUCGGCUGUUAAUUAAAAGUCCACGCCUGCAUAUUGAUUAACUGAUCAACUGAUUUGCUUAUUCAUUAGCAGGGCGUGGAGGCGAGCGAGGCACACCAUUGCCAGAUUAUCGUACGCAAAGCCGCGUAUUUACCGGUUUCUGGCCCAUAACUGUUACCAAGAAGCACCAAUAAUUAACCAUUUAAACGAUAACCAUAUACGAAGGCAGUUAUUUGGGUGAUGAAAGCAGUUUUUGGGUCGGAAAUCGGCGAACACGAGGCAGAGUACGACAAUCUGGCACCGUUGGCCGAGGCAUGAGGAGGAGGCGCGGCGCCGCAGACUUGACCAUGCCGCGGGACGCCUCUUCGUCGACCCCCAACGAAAUGCUCACCAGCUUAGGGUCAUCCCCUCAAAACAUCCCCAGCAGCAAUAUCAGUGACAGCAGCAUAAUCUACUUGACUGCUACACAACAGACAGAAACUACUACUUGCUCUUCACCUUCUGCUACCACACACCCAAGAGAUUACAAUCAGGAUUCCAGUGCACAAAACAAUGAACAGCAACAAGACCAGGACUGCGUGCUGGCUGAGAUUAACUGUAGCUCACUUACAUCAUGGAGUCCUGACCAGGAAUACAGCCCCAAUCCCAAUCAGCAAUAUCCUAACGAUGCAGAUUCACAGACCAGCUCACUUUCAUUCCAAGCAAAUAGCUCACAGAAGCAGGAAUCACACAGAUAUCCUUCUGGGCAAAGUUACAACCCUUGCAACUGUUGCCAUUCAAACAGCUAUUCUAGGCAGAUCGAAAAUAACUCAGUAAAUCCACUAUCUUUCUCCUCCUGGGAUGAUACAGAAGCUACCUCAUACACCAACCUAGUGCAGAAUUCAGCUCACUGCCAAGAAACUGGAUGCUCCUUCAAGGUUAUUGUUUUACCACCCCAGAAACAAGAUAAAAGUCACUUGUGCUGCAAAGAAUGUGGACAACACUUUACAAAGGAAUCAAAUCUGAGGAAGCAUGUCGCACGUUUAUCACAGCAACUAGAUGAACCUUAUUACAAGUGUAAAUAUUGCAACCAUGUUUUCAAGUCAAAAGAAGCUCGUAAACGUCACCAUCCGGUUCACAAAAUGUGCAUGACAGACAACUUUGCCAGAGUCAGAUGUUCAGUUUGUGGCUUCACUUUUUCAAGUAAGGAAAAACUGCAUCACCACCUUCACCGGUUCACUGAAAAUUCUGAGGAGCGAAUCUUCAAGUGUUUCUUCUGCAGUCAUGCCUUUACCACUGAUUUCAGCAGAAACAGGCAUGAAGGACAGAUGCACACAGGGCCACACAAGCUUCCCUGCUGCUGCUGUGGAAAGCUUUUUGCCAACAGAUAUAAACUCAAACUUCACCGGCUCAAGCAGCAAAUACAGCGUCCACCUCGCUGUUUUGACUGUGGGUGGGUAUUUGCUGCCCAAGAAUACCUUGAUGACCAUAUCCGACAAGUCAAUAGGAACCUCCCCCUUGAAUGCCUUGUAUGCCACCACAGGUACCAGUCCCAGCUAGCACUUCUCCGACACCUCAAGUUCCAUACAAGGAAGAUGGAGCAUGAGUGUCCAUCAUGCCUGGGACGCUUUCCUUCUGAGAACCUGUUGACCAAGCACCUCCGCAUAGCCCCACGGCGAGCCAAUGUUGAGCUACAUCAGAGUGACAGUGACUUCCAUCAAUGUUCCUUACAUACACAAUAAAACAUGUUGUUGUGUUGCACCACAUACCAUUUUAUUUUUGUAUUUUUAAGUCAUUUUAGGAGGAAAUAUUUCUUAAGGAAGGAAACUUUAAUUAAGGAAGUGCUUUUAUAUACAUAAAAGUUUAUUUGAAUAAAACAUACUCAACUUUACCUUACAAUAAGUCAUCUUUGUGUCCAUUAAAAAUAUUAAAACAGAGAUGUGUAUGGUAGUUUAAAUCUUUGCACCAAAAAGUUUAUAAUCAUGAGACAUAUAUAGCUAUUUAUUCAAAAUAAAUCAUAUUUAUACAAUGUUGCAUUAAGAAGCAUCACAUGCAAUGAAAUAUUAAGUGCAUGUUUGUAAAAAUAUAUGUAUGUAUAAAACAUACUACAGAACAUACUGUACUAUAACUACAAAUAUAAAUGUGACAAAUAUAUAGCAAAAUAUCACAGGGUAUGUGAUCCAUUACUUACACUACAUGUCUGUACAAAUAUAUAUACAAUACUAUAGAAUAUAGUAUAACUACAAAUGUAAAUGUGAUAAAUAAAUAUACAGCAACAUA